AUGGAGGAAACUGACAAAAGCUGCGAGGAUAAUAACCUUUCCGCUGACAGCCAACGGUCAGGGGCGAACUUGGAGGCUGUUCCCACGACAUGUGAGCCGAGUAGAUCCAGAAGCUUGUCCGGGAGGCUUCGCAGUCACAGUCCUUCCAGUCCUUCCAACGGGCAGUCACUCAGAAAGAGAUCUCCGAGCGUCAUGAUGGGGAAGAUCAUCACCAGAGAGGAGACAGUAGUCGAGCACGCUGAUCAUUGGCUUGGAAAGGCAAAGAAAUAUGCUUCCAUUUUGGUGGAAGGCAACUAUACCGCAAACUUUCUGGGGAUUGUAGUUCUGCUUGACGCGUACUUGACAGCCAAUGACAUUGAUAGCAGAGCCAGAGGAGAACCAACCUCAAGGUUUGUUUUGAUUUGCUCAGACAUUUGCCUGUUUUUGUACACUUCUGAGCUGCCUUUGCUGUUCCUAGUCCGUGGCAAGCGAUUGUUGAAAGACUGGAUGGUGAUCUUGGACAUAGUGAUCAUCCUCUGUGGCUACGUGGAGAUCUUUGUGAACCUAAUUGAUUCCAGCCUUGGCACGACUGGAGUCGGCUCGGACGCUCUCAUUGCCAAAAUCAACGUGCUGCGCGUGCUCCGGCUUGCGCGGAUUGUUCGACUUAUGCAACUGCUACGAAGGACCAGAUCCCUGAAGGAGUUGCAGAAGCUGGUGACGAUGUUGGCAACCUGUUUGAAGGCGCUGCUUUGGUGCUUUCUGUUCUGCUUCGUGAUCAUGACUAUUUGGGCGAUGCUUUUGGUGGAAAUAGUGCAUCCAAUUGUUCAGGAGAUUUACGAGAGGGAUGGAUUUGAGGAUUGUGUGCAGUGCCAGCGGGCCACUGGUUCAGUGAUGGAUGCAAACUUGUUGCUCUUCAAGACUGUCAUUGCUGGCGACAGCUGGGGUCUCAUUGCCGUCCCGGUUAUUGAAGCGUAUCCGCUGACCGCUGUGAUCUUUUGCGGGUCUUUAUUGACCUUGGUCUUCGGCGUUCUCAACAUGAUUGUCGCUGUAGUUGUCGACACGUUCGCAGAAGUGAGAGAGAGCGACGUGAUGAAUUUGGCAGAAGAGUUGGAUCACAACCUCAAGAAAGACAGGAAAUUCUUGGAGAAGAUUUUUAAUCGCCUGGACAAAAGCGGAAAUGGUGAACUCACAUUGCAAGAUCUGAUGGAUGGAGCCCGUCGGGAUCCUGAGUUUCAAAGCCGGCUCAGAGUCAUGGACAUCGAUGAGGUGGACCUGCAGCAGCUGUUUGAAAUGAUCGAUGUGGACGCAAGCGGCGCGAUUGAAGCUCAAGAGUUCAUAGCUCCGCUAAGUCGAUGGGUGCGCGAGUCCAAGACGGCUCCAAGAUUUAUCAAAUACAACAUGUUGCAAGCGUUAGACGCACAGGAGGAAAUAAUACGGAUACUUUCUCAACUGGCUCUACGUCUUGAUGUUGUAUGCGAUGGCUUGGGCGUUGGCGCUAGAUUAUCGUCUGAAGUCGCGGGCGAGAAUCAGCGCACACGCAGUCGGUCAGACAGUGAGACCCAGGAUAUGGAGGACAACCCUGAGUUUUACAUACCGGCGGCUGCAGCGGACGGACCCGUGCUGACAACUGUGCAGGAGGAUCUGGGCUGGACACCGGAGGUCGUGAACACCAUUGAGCAGCCAAAAAGCUCUGAGCCCAGCUUCUUGCCGAACCUCCAGCAGAAGGAGCGGCAGGAGACGGAGGCACACCAGGCACACCAAGGAGCAGAAGGCCACAAGUUGAAAGAGCUGCAAGAGCAAAAAGAGCCGCCGCUGGAGCCAAAAGCGUUGAUACAAGAGUCAACGGAGCUGGGAUCAAUAGACUUGGGAGACAGACACGGCGGCCACACGAGUGCCAAGGGCCUUCUGGACAGGAUUAUUCGGGGGCAUCACGUGGACGGAGAGGUGCACUCUGCAGUCUCACGGGCCAUGGAGGUCUUUGGGGCUUCCUUUGAAGCCAGCCUGAAAGUGUCCGUGGACAGAGGCUUCCGGCAAGCCAUGGCGAAAGCCGAGGCAGUGCUGCAGGAGACGCUUGAAAACUACAACUCCACCAGUUGGAACAUGUUGAGUGCCCCUGAGGCUCACCUGCAAAGGUCUCGCUUCAGCUCCUCCGUCGCCUCAACGGCAAGCUUGGUGCUGGUCGGGGACGCGAUGUCGAAAGUCAAUAGCAUGACAAGGCAAGUCAGCCCCAGCGCACCUUCGCGAAGGAAAUCGGUUACCGGCGAGCACACACGAUCAAGGAGACCGUCCCAACGCAAGAUGAGUGGAGUUGGAGGGAUAUGGGCUAUAGAUCCGUGA